UGUCGAUGCAGCGGAGGGAGGCACGACCCGCGCUCCGGUACGCCACGCGUGGCUCCGGACCUGUGGAGGCGAGGAGGGCCGGUGCCAGGCCAAGUGGGCGCGGGGCUGGCAAGGAGGCUGUGCCAAGGCAUCCCGGCCUGCCUCUCCUCUCUCGCCCUCCCUCCCUCCCUCCCUCCGCCUUUCCCGGGUCGCCCAUCGCUCCGGCAAAAAGGAAAGGAGGAGGGUUGGGGAGGGGGAGAGAAAAGCGGCGGGUGACUCAUCGCCUCGCCGCUCGCCACGCAGAAUUGUAAAUCAAGGAGCCCGAGCAGCCAAUGUGAGGCGCGUCUCCAAGCAGAGCCCCGAGCGGCGGAUGGCUGCCUGCAGGAGGAGCAGGAAGCUGAUGCGCUGAAGAAGAAGAAGACGAGGAGGAGGAGGAGGAGGAGGUGCCUGACCCCGCCGCCCCACCUGAGCCUCCAGCGGGGGAAUGGACACAUGUUGAGGGACCCCCAGCGCCAGGAGAGGAGCCCCGGAGAGGCCCGCAGCAGCCGCCGCAGAGGUGAGGGCGGCGCGCAUCCCCCGGACCCCUGGCCCUCGGAGGCAAGGAGCUCUCUUUCUCCGCAGCUGCGAGGUUAUGCCACGCCUCAGACUUACUGGGUGCUUGCUAAUGAAAGAGAAAGGUUGAUAUUGGUCCAAACAUUGCAUGACGGCCCAUAGAGCAUAAACCAAGAUGGCAGCUGGAAAUACGGCUCCUUUGGGAAGGAUCUUCACUACUGUGCCACAGGAUGGUGAGGAUGCUGAGACAGCUUUUCCUGUCCCUGAAGACGAGGAGGAUUUGGACAAGACCUUGGGAGUUGAACGGUUUGGAGACCUGAUCAGCAAGUCUGUGCUCAGAGACCAGGAAAAACAUGGCCGCAGUUACAGUGAGAGUGACUUUGAAUUCCAUCGUCAAACAUCCCAUCACAUCCAUCAUCCUCUCUCCACUCACCUGCCUCCCCCGCAUAAGUCCCAGAAGAGGCUUGCUUGCUCGGGCAGAAAAAAGAAGAAAAAGAGAAAGCCUAGGAAGACCUCUAUACCACCUUCCAAUGUCACGCCAACCAUUCAUGAGGAGGAGGAGGAAGAGGAGGAGGAAGAAGAGGAGGAAGGGGAGGAGGUUCUAGAGAAGGAGAGCUCUGCAGAGUCUGACCUUGAAGCCUCUUCCAAAGAAGAAUCAGAUCAUGGAAAGCCAAAAGCACCACUGACAGAAGGAAGUGUGGAGUUCAUCAUUGGGAGUGAGGAAGAAGCAGAAGAGGAGGAAGAUGAGGAAGCCCAUGGCAGCCCAUGCACUUUGUCAUUUCAUGUUGCAGAAGAAUGCAGUCACCUCUCUCCACUCCCAUGUCUUUCAAAUCUGCUACCUGAGAAGGGACCUCCCUUUCCCAGGAGCUUCUCCGGAUCCAGAGAUAAUGUAUCUCGAGGAUGGGACAAGCGCAAAGCUUGGAGUCAGGUUCCAAGUGGACAGCGGUCAAACUACGACUUGAAGGAGAGGGUGUGUAUCGGUAGCAUGACUACUGUGGAGUGUGCCACAUACCAGCGAAUCCCUACGGACGAGGCUGAGGCUCAAAUGCUGGCUUCUGCUGACCUUGAUGAUAUGAAAAGCCAUCGUUUUGAAGAUAAUCCAGGAGUGAGGAGACAUCUGGUUAAAAAGCCAUCCCGGGGCCAGACUACUAGAGCCAGCAAAAGGUCUCUGUCCUCACAGUCUAUCAAGAAGAAGAAAAAGAAGAAGAAACUUGACAGAAAACCACAUGAGGUAUUUGUGGAGCUGAAUGAAUUGAUGGUGGACAAGAAUCAGGAUAUGCACUGGAAGGAGACAGCACGCUGGAUCAAAUUUGAAGAAAAUGUGGAGGAAGACACAGCACGCUGGGGGAAGCCUCAUGUAGCCUCACUCUCCUUUCGCAGCCUUUUGGAGCUCAGGAAAACGAUUGCACAUGGAGCUGUUCUUCUUGACUUGGAGCAAACUACACUACCUGGCAUUGCUCACUUAGUGGUAGAGACCAUGAUAAUCUCAGACCAGAUCAAGGCUGAAGAUAGAGCCAAUGUACUGAGGGCCCUGCUGCUGAAGCACAGUCACCCCAAUGAUGAGAAAGAGGCAUUCUUUCCUCGUAACCAUUCUAACUCCAGCAUGAAUUCCAUGCUUGGAAACCACCAUCACAACCAUAACCACACAGUUGACACUUGUGUGCCAUUGAUGGGGGAAGAGCGCAUUGAGAUGACAGAGCCCAGAAUCAUUGACCCUGACUUCAGAGAGAAAAACAUGCAUCUUCACAGCAAUGAGGCACAUCGUGGCAAAUACGUUAAGUUGAUGGAGAAGAUUCCAGAUGAUGCUGAGGCCACUGUGGUACUUGUUGGUUGUGUUCAGUUCCUUGAGCAGCCAACAAUGGCUUUUGUCCGUUUAAAUGAGGCUGUGUUCUUGGAGUCAGUCCUGGAGGUUCCAGUUCCUGUCCGCUUCAUCUUUGUCUUGCUGGGGCCAACCCAGUCCAAUAUGGACUACCAUGAGAUUGGGCGUUCCAUUUCCACACUCAUGUCAGACAAGCGUUUCCAUGAAGCUGCUUAUAUGGCAGAUGACCGCCAGGACUUGCUGAAUGCCAUCAAUGAGUUCCUUGACUGUAGUAUUGUCAUCCCUCCAUCAGAAGUAGAGGGGAAAGAUUUGCUCAAGUCGAUUGCCACCUUCCAGAAAGUACUCUUGAGGAAGAGAAGAGAACGGGAACAGAAAAAGGUCACCAAAGAAGGGAAUGUUCAAGAAGCCAAAGAGGUGUGUGAGGUAAAGGUUGAAGAGGAAGAGGAGGGUGAAGAGGAGGAUGACCCUCUGAGGCGCACCGGCAUUUUCUUUGGCGGUUUGGUGCGGGACAUAAAGCGCAGGUACCCCAAGUAUCUGAGUGACCUCAGAGAUGCCCUGCACAGCCAGUGCCUCGCAGCCGUGCUAUUCAUCUACUUCGCUGCUCUCUCUCCUGCCAUCACCUUUGGGGGACUGCUAGGUGAAAAGACAGAAGGCCUCAUGGGUGUUUCAGAGCUGAUCAUCUCUACAUCAGUACUUGGCAUGCUCUUUUCUCUGCUGAGUGCUCAGCCUCUCCUUGUUGUUGGCUUCUCUGGGCCUCUGCUGGUCUUUGAAGAAGCCUUUUACAAGUUCUGCCAAAGUCAGGAUAUUGAAUAUCUGACUGGUCGUGUGUGGAUUGGCUUUUGGCUCAUCGUCUUCAUUUUCAUCAUCGUGGCCGCUGAGGGCAGCUUUUUGGUGCGCUACAUCUCCCCCUUCACCCAGGAGAUCUUUGCCUUUCUCAUCUCCCUCAUCUUCAUUUAUGAAACAUUCUAUAAGCUGUACAAGGUAUUCACAGAGCACCCGCUGCUGAGGUUUUACCCACCAUAUCUUCAAAGUCGUCUAAACUCCAGCUCACUGUCUGGUGAUUCCGUGGCCCGUGACACCCAGAUGCAGCCCAACACCGCCUUGCUGUCCCUCAUCCUCAUGCUGGGGACCUUUUUCAUUGCCUUCUUCAUGCGCAAAUUUAAGAAUAGUCGGUUUCUAGCAGGAAAGGCACGGCGAAUAAUUGGAGAUUUUGGAAUCCCUAUCUCCAUCCUUGUCAUGGUUCUGGUAGACUACACUAUCACCGAUACAUAUACACAGAAAUUGAAUGUUCCCUCAGUGCUGUCAGUCACAACCCCAGAGAAGCGUGGCUGGUUCAUCCAUCCCUUAGGUAACAAGCAGGCUUUCCCCAUGUGGAUGAUGUUUGCUUCUGCUAUCCCUGCACUGCUGGUCUUCAUCCUUAUCUUUAUGGAAACUCAAAUCACCACCUUGAUUGUCAGCAAGAAGGAACGGAAGCUGAAAAAGGGGUCAGGUUUUCAUCUUGAUUUGCUACUCAUUGGUACAAUGGGAGGGCUCUGUGCCCUGUUUGGACUGCCCUGGCUCACAGCUGCCACUGUCCGCUCCAUCACCCAUGUCAACGCUCUUACUGUUAUGAGCAAGGCCAUUGCACCUGGUGAGAAGCCAAAAAUUGAGGAAGUGAAGGAGCAGCGCGUGACAGGAGUGCUCAUUGCUGGCCUUGUUGGUCUGUCCAUUGCUAUGGGGAGUGUAUUGCGCCAGAUCCCACUGGCUGUGCUGUUUGGGAUUUUCCUGUAUAUGGGUGUGACAUCGUUGACUGGCAUCCAGCUCUAUGAGCGACUUCUCCUUAUCUUCAUGCCAUCUAAGCACCAUCCGGAUCAUGUCUAUGUUGUCAAGGUAAAGACAUGGCGGAUGAAUCUCUUCACAUGCAUUCAACUAGCCUGCAUCGUGCUGCUGUGGGUGGUGAAAUCCACAGCAGCAUCUCUGGCAUUCCCAUUUGUCUUGAUCAUGACUGUACCCUUACGACGAUUUCUACUGCCACGCUUCUUUCAAGAAAGAGAACUCAAAGCGCUGGACUCAGAGGAUGCAGCACCAAACUUUGACGAGGAUGGGCGGGAUGAGUACAAUGAACUUCACAUGCCUGUAUGAGCAAUGUAGCCUUCUCUAUUGGCCUUCGUUCUCCCCUGGAUUCAUGGGAUUGGCCACCUUUCCUCAUGCUCUCCCAGAACACCAGUCAGAAGUGGCUUUGAACUGAUCAUGAGUCUGCACCAACUGGCAACUGUGUCACAGCCCUUCAGGAACCUCUGCAACACCAGGAACACUGUGGCCAGUCCAAGCAAGAGAUGCUGCCUUCAUCUGGACAGACAUAGAAUAUGUGUCAAGGCACUUCACAUUCCUUCCUAAAUAGACUUUGCUGGGGUUGGUGCUCUGACUUCUGUAGACCAGAGUAGGUAAUUUAGGCAGCUGUCAUUAACUUCUUCCUCUCAGAAGAUAGCAGACCAGUGCUUUGCUAAAGGAGAUACAGCAUCAUGCCAGCAAAUAAAAAGCAAGUAGGCCCUGCUAUGCCAAAUGGCAUUCAUGCAGAGCUAGCAGAUUUCUGGGGUAAAAUUGGUGUUUCAAUGUGAAGCCUUACAUCCCAUGAUUGUGACCAUGAACAUUCAACAGCCCGUGGUCCGUUUGUUGUUCUGCUUGAUGCUCUUAGUUGGAAUAUUUUAUCCAUGGAACACUCUGAUCUCUUCAAUUUCUAGAAUAGUGGUCAGGGGUACUAAAAACUGCAAACUAUAGUGUGUGCAUGAGCAGGCCUUCUGGACCCAACAAGCAUAGCAUGGGUACUUGUGCAAUAUUAAUGUGUACAAGUAUCUAUUUGUGCAUAAUACUAUGCCUCUUCUCCCUAUCUCUGAAGGCAGCCCUACAGGUUGCCAAAGAGUAAAUGUAUAAAGCAGAUCUUCACUCAUGCAGGAAGAGAGAAAGUGUAGGCAAAACUUGCCAAAAUAACCUGGAUACCAGGAAUAAGGUAACCCAAUGACUGAGUGGGGACUGCAUUACUUAGCUCUUAUGGUUAGGAAAUAAUCACACAAAAUUUGACACCUCUCUCACGGUAGUUUCUCCUCCAACCUUUGAAGAAGAGUGUCAGGGAAUGCUUAUAGAAACAGAGACCACAGGAUCAAAUUCUGGAACUUAGUCUGGAAUAAGAUGGGAUCUGGCUCAGACUUCUCUUCAAGCCCAUCAGAAAAUAGAAAUUCCCUGUAUCAUUUGUAGUGGCCAAGGCAAACAGUACCAUUUAAAUUGUUAUUUGUCUGGUCCACAAAACAGAGAUCCGUGUCUCUUGUACCAGAUUGCCUGCUUUGGACUCCAGUUUCUACAGUAUUUCCAAUUCCACCUUGUUACUUGCUCUAGCCUUCUUUCCACAGUUCUGCUGUGUUAUUCAACCUUAGUAUUGUCAUUGCAACUCUUAUCUUAUUCUUUCCCUUAAAAGGGGUUCCAUCUGGGGCAAGACUCAUCAUCAUGGCCAAGCCUCCAGAAAGACCAAGUGUGGCUUGGGCAUAACUACUGGAAUAAUAUAUUUCCACAUCUGGCCGUUCCUGUGGUUCUGAACUAUUACACAAUAUGAAGUUUCUCCUCAUUUGUCCUUUGACAACUAAAGUCAAUGGCAAAAGGUUCUUCGACUUUCUUCUGCUUUUAAAAUCUGUUCCCUCUUUCUCAAACUAGUCCUAGCCCCACAACUUCCACCAACAGCUAUGCUGUUCUGCUCACCUCUGAUGUACUCUGCUUCUUUUUUUCACUCAGCUGUCAUAUAAGAAAAAAAAUCAGAUUUUAUGAUAUGCCUAAAUGACACAAAGUAUGUUUUCUUUAGUCACUAAAUUUGAAUGCUUAAAAAGAAGAGCUCCUGUCCCUCCCUCCUGCUCUGCAUUGGUGAAUGACACACAUUCAGCCAUGGACAGGGCACACUAGUGUGCCUCAUAAUGUUUGCACAUGUACAAACACCAUGCCACUGGAGCUUAGGGCAAGAGUCCAAAGAGCAGCUGAUCUCCCACUGGAUCAUCACACAGGUAUUGUAGGCAACUGUGAAGUCCUGUUCUGUAAAUCUGUUCUGUUAGAUUAUGUUUGUGGAAUAAUGGGGUGUGCAAAAGUGGCAGACCUAACUUCCUCCACAGCCAUGCAUUGAGUUUGGUUCAUGGCACUACUCCGUUUCCUACUCCCUGUCAUGAAUGGGGGCUGUCCCUCCCCACCUACCUCAGGGGCUGCCUGCGGAUGGCUGGAUAGUUAUGAGGCCAUAUGUAUUCCUCUACUCAUUCCCAGCUGGCUGCCAGCCUGCCCCACCCACAGACAGUGACCUCCAUUGUGCCCUGUGUAGCCAGGAUGGGUAACCUGACCUGUAAAAGCAGACUGCUCUGCCAACACAUUGCAGCUCAUCUGAAUGUAAUAGGGAUGGAUAUGGUUGCACCAAUAAACCCUUCAGUGGAAUGUUG